AUGCUCUUCGAGCAUGGCAUCGAGCUCGGCCGUGUUGAGACCAUCUCCGACGACCUGCCCGACAUCGUGGCCACCCUCCGGCGCCUGUCGGCCGAGGAGAUGGUUCUCCCCUCGGGUGCCCGGCUCCCCCGGUACACCUCCAUUCUCACCUCCGGCGGCAUCGGUUCCACUCAUGACGAUAUCACAUAUGACGGCGUGGCGGCUGCCUUCAACGUGCCGCUCGAGUAUCAUGAGCCCACAUGCCGCAAGCUCUCGGACUAUUACGACAUCGAGUACAACCUCUCGGAUAUGACCUUCCGCAUGGGCCUCUUCCCCCAGGGGUCCGAGAUCAUCUCCAUCCCCGGCCUCUGGGUGCCGGUGGUCAAGAUGGGCAAGGUCCAUGUGCUGCCUGGGAUCCCCUUCCUCUUUGAGAAGAUGGCCAGCUCGCUGGUGACCCGCGAUCUGCUCGGUCCCAAGAGCGAGAUUGCUCGUGUCACGCUGUAUACCUAUCUUCGCGAGCUUGACCUGAGCAGCCCCCUGCUGGACGCCCAGAUGAAGUUCAAGCCCUACGGCGUGAAGAUCGGCUCCUACCCGUAUGUGGGCCUUCCGCCACCGGCCACGCCCACCAGUCCGGCUCCCUUCCGCACGCGUGUCUCCAUCGAGGGCCGCGUGCCGGCCGCCGUGGCCGAGUGCGCCGCCUACCUCGAGGGGAAGAUCGAGACCUUCCGCGAGCUUUCGGCCGACAGCAUUGCCCCCGAGUCGACCGAGGCCGAAUGCUCCGUUCACUCGGCCACCUCCGGCCUGGCUGGGAUAGUGUAG